AUGCGACCUUCAUACUGGUUACCCCUUUUGCCAGCGCUCGCCAGCGCAUUAAAUGUUCGCUCCACCGCCUGCAACAACUCCCCUCUUCUUUGCGACAAGACUUAUGGCGAGAUCACACAUUUGGGCGCUCACGACAGUCCGUUCUUACGGGACUCGAGUACAGAUGAUUCCCUUUUUGGAGAUCAAUACUACGAUACCACAACCCAACUCUCCGCAGGCGUCCGUCUAGUAACCGCUCAAGUACACAACAGCAACUCGGAAUGGCGACUAUGUCACAGUAGCUGUGAUUAUCUGGAUGCGGGAUUACUGAAAGACUGGCUCGAGGAUAUAAAGACUUGGCUAGAUGAUAAUCCGAACGAGGUUGUGACAAUCCUCCUCGUAAACUCAGACGAUGCGAGCGCCUCAGACCUAGGCACAAUCUACGAAAAUGCAAACAUCACCAGCUACGCCUACGAACCCAGUUCCCUAACAACCGCCCCAUCCACCUGGCCAACCCUCCAAGAAAUGAUUAACAACGGAACCCGUCUCGUUAACUUCGUCGCAUCCCUUAACACAAGUUCCGAUUACCCAUACCUUAUGUCAGAAUGGGACUUUAUCUGGGAAAAUCAGUACGAUGUUACCAGUGCUUCGAAUUUCAGUUGUGAGCCGAACCGUCCUUCGGAAUACGACAAUGAGCUCUCCUCGGCGCUUUCCUCGAAUCUCCUCCCUUUCAUGAAUCACUUCUUAUACUCUUCUAUCAGUAUCUCAACUUAUGAUAUCGAGUAUCCGAAUGCUAGCUAUGUCUCCACUACGAAUGCUGCAUCUGGUGGUACGGGUAACCUCGGAAGCACAGCCACGAAAUGCAAGAGCGAUUAUAAUGGCCGUCAACCGACUUUCAUUCUCGUGGAUUUCUUUAACCGUGGCCCAGCCAUUGAUACGGUUGAUAGUUUGAAUAAUGUUACCAACCCUGUUGGAAGAACUUCGGUUUCGACUUCGGCGUCUACAAGUGAUGCUUCUACUACCAAUGGCGUCCUUACUACCUUGGUUGAUUUGGCGGAGUCUGCUCGUUCGGGAGAGAAUGUUACCCUUGGUCAUUGGAUUUGGGCGGCAGGUGCCUGGGGGACUAUCCUUGGAGGAGGUAUUUCUCUUUAG